CAUCAUUUGAAUGCCGGGAGGCGGUCAUUGGUGAAUCAAGCUGUCUGCAGUAACGUCAGGAGAUUAGUGAAUCGCAGCUGGAAUGCGAGCUUGAUUCACAAAGGCAAGAGAGGGAGACAAAGCCACCGCGCAGAAGAUACGCACACCGGACUGCCACAUCCCGCACAGCCAUGAAGGGAGAGCAUUUAUUUGCCAACAUGAGAAGCGCUCCAUUCCUCCAGCGGGUUUACCUCUUGGGAGGGGAAGAGCUGGUAGUCCUGCAGUCCACCAUGGGAGAGUCCUCACUGGGAGACAGUUUCCAACAAAUCACCGACUUCAAUGAUCUCCCCACAUCCCUCUUUGCCUGCAACGUGGACCAGUCAGUAUUUGAAGACCAUGAGGGCAAGGAAAUGUUCGAAGCGCUCUUCCUCGCGUAUGAUGAGGGUGUGACGUUCCAGCAGUUUAAGAGCUUCCGACGUGUACGAAUCAAUUUCAGUAACCCCAAAGCGGCAGCCAGCGCUAGAAUAGAGCUGCACGAAACACCUUUCAGAGGAAAGAAACUUAAACUCUAUUUUGCCCAGGUGCAGAAUCCAGCAUCCGAAGGAGACAAUUUGCACCUGGCUCCUCCCCAGCCUUCCAAACAGUUCCUCAUCUCUCCUCCAGGCUCACCUCCAGUUGGCUGGCAACAGAUUGACGAGGCCACACCAGUUAUUAACUACGACCUGCUAUAUGCAGUUGCCAAGCUUGGCCCAGGUGAGAAGUUUGAGCUACAUGCAGGCACAGAGUCUACGCCCAGCGUGGUGGUCCACGUCUGUGACAGCGACACAGAUGAGGAGGAGGAACCAAAUAACAACCCUAAACCAAAAAUCAUCCAGACCCGACGCCCAGACCUGCCAGUCUCACACUGAACUCUACAGCUCCACACAGAGUCAGGAGGAUUUAUCCCCUCCACCAUCUCCUUCACAGGACCUCUGCCACCCUCCUUCAGAACCUUAUUAAACACACAAGCAGGGUCUGAGGGACUCUGAUCUGUGUUUCUCGUUCAGCACACACAUGUAUACAAUACUCAAUGUGCUGUCACACAAUUUUUUUUUAUGUUGCAAUAUUCUGUGUUAAAUAUGGCCGCUCUCUGUAACUCUUUCCCAAUCUGACUCUGUUGUAAUGUCAUCUGAUCACCAGUUAGAGGCAGCAUGUACCCGUCCCUGCUCUCACCUACAUUUCUGAUUGGCUCCUGGGCCGUGGCACAUGAAUAGUGUCAGAUGUGCCUACUGGCUGAUAGCUGGCCACUUGGCUUUGCUCUUGCACCACAACUAUGUACCAUUUGUACCCAGCAAGCCAUUAAUAAUAUUACGUUCUUCAUAAGGGCAUGCUAGCCACUAAAUGUGGCUAAACACCAGCGCUGCAUGUGGCAACCCUAGAAAUAUAUCUUGCCUAACAAAUUUCUGUCAAUUAACCCUAAUAUGGCAAAAACAGUUCACUUUUGCAUAGCAAAAAGUGCAGACCGCAAGAAUCGUUCUCUUCAGGCCAGUGCAUGUUCUGGUAGCAAACUGUACGUUAUUAUUUCCCGCUGUGUAUAAUUGUCUAUGUGUCUCGCCAACAGUGUUCUUACAGAAAAACGAUGCUUUUCCGAAUGAUAAGCUGACAUUUUGAUCGCACCUUUCAAUGGAACCUAUAUGAGUUGCUUCCUCAAUGUGAAUAUUUUUUGUCGUGCUUGUGCCCUUUUCGAGACGGAAACCUUAAACCUAACUUUUUUUCUGUAAGCUCCCACUACAGAUUAAUGACAUCAGUGGGUAAUCAGAUGUCAUUUAAUGAAAUCCGUAUUAUGCAUGGUUACUCGUUUCUAGAAUUUAAUGUAGUUGUCCCAAAUCCAUAGCUCUCCUCGUUGUCUGUGAGAGUUCAUUCGCACACAAAUUCAUUUUGGAU